AAAGAAUACGCAAUUUCAGUUGGCGGCUUCUUGAUUGCAAAUGUCUUCCUGAUCAACCGUAGACAUUCUUCCACAAUUUACAUUCGGCCUACCAGCAUAUCUCCAGCACACUAUGGACGAUACCAAACCUAGGAAAGUCAAAUACAGCUGGAUGGAGAUAAUGCUCCUAUGGGCAAUGGACCUGUACCUUCUGAUGUAUACCAACUCAUUGCGAUUUAUUAUUGUCCAAUUCCUUCUCACUCUCACACCCACACUAUGGGCCCCACGGGAGUGGGUCGCUACCUUAAGCGCUAGCAUAAGUGAGCAACCAGUAUAUAUAGAUGACGAGACGAUGAAGGCAUGGUCUCGUUUGGAUUCCAAUGGUCGGUGCAAAACAUGAGCGGAGAAAAAAGAAGCCAUCUUGGAUCCAGCUGCUAGUGCUUCAGGAUGGUACGGUCCAGGAGCCUAUCUCGCUUGGCUGAUAACCGCCUAUGUCACAGCUCUUUCGACU